AUGCCAUACCGUACUGAAGGCAGAAAACCUUACCUUGUGCAGUGUAAAGGCCUCGGCAGCGUUGCCGAUAUGAGGAGUGCUCUGUUGCGAUCGACCAUCAAGUAUAGACGCCCAUGGGUAUACGGUUUUCGGUUGAAAAUAAAGUAUUUGCGACGAGUUGCAGAGAGAAGGAGGCUCAAUUGGCGCAAGGAUGCCUCCGGGAUUAUGACAUUGUUAACGAGCGAAAUUGCAUUUUCGACCCGUGUCUUUUUCGUCUUGAAUACGGGCUCUUAUCAAAAGAAGCCCGCGAUGUUCAUAACAUUUGUCAAAGGUGACGAAAGACGCAGGUUGCGCCGUAACAGGUUUUCCGAGAAAGACAUGGACAAAAGGGCACGAAGCCAAGGUGGUACGAGGCUCGAGCUCAGCGGAAACGAAUACGACCCGAAUGAGGAACUGGAAAGCGAGGACGAGGAUUACCCCGAGAUUCCUGAAGAACAGAUUUUUGGCGGACUCAAAGCACAUCCCCAAUACUCUGGCAACCUCGAGCAUGUGGAAGGAGCCGUGGAGACCGGACUGCAACUCGCGCUUGAGCCACCAGGUUUGGUGUCUUCACCCCCCAUCUUUAACCCGUGCCUUGGUCUGGUUCCCUCUGUAUUUCUACUCGGGGUAACAUUUCUACCUUCCUUCGAUCAAGACGUAGCAGAACUUCUCGCGGACACUUUCCCUCGUCAGCGCACAACUAUAAAGGCCAUGCAAUCAAGCCAUGUAAAAAGAGAUGAUGACAUUUAUAAGCGCCCACUGGCGCUCCUUUCAACUGCCGAACUGAGGGCUUUUCAAAAGGACCUGGGUCUAUGCUACUGGAUGAAGAAUAAAUACAUGCGCCGCCUCGCUGGAAAGAGGAAGCUCAAUUGGAAGAACAAAGCAGGAUCUACUUCCUUCAGAACUUUCACUCUGCUACAUAUCGUGGACAACCUGCUCGGAUCAUUGGAUUCGCUACAGACGACGAAAGACGUAGGCUGGACCGCAACGUUUUCCGAUAGAGCGAUAGAUAAGGAACCAGUUGAUACAUCCGUGCUUGCUACGAAUUCAAGCUGUGGUCUUCGCACGAAGCUCCCAGGAAAGAAGAAAGAACACGCCUAUCAACACGGCUUUCUUCAUCCCAAGAUUGAAAUCCGAGACCUCGAAGACUCAGAAUAA